AUGCACUGGAUUAUAAGAAAAACCCUCGAGAAGGGCAGUUUUGGGUUUGUCUCCAAGGCCACAACCCACCACCAUCAUUCAACCGGCGGCCAUCAUCAUCAUCUGCCGCCUUUGAUCGCCGUCAAGUCUUCCACACGUUCAGACUUCGCAUCACUCGUGAAGGAGAAACAACUACUCGACAAAUUCCAGGGAUGCCCUUCCAUCCUCACCUGCCUUGGAGACGACAUCACCACUGAAAACGGCCAAAAACUGUACAACAUACUUCUCGAGUACACCUUCGAUGGCUGCUUGGCCGACCGCAUCAUCCCCGCCAAAGGCCUCCCCGAGAAAGUUGUCGGCCGCUGUGCAAACUCCAUAUUGGCGGCCCUUUUUCACAUCCACAGGCUAGGUUAUGUUCACUGCGACGUCAAGCCACACAACGUGCUUCUCGUCGGCAAUAACUACGAAAAUGCCAAGCUCGUUGAUUUCGGAAGCUACAAGAGUCGCAAUAAGGAGUUCUUCACAUGCCCACGGGAAAUGGUUUUCGACAAAAGAGCAGAGGCAAAGGAUGUGCUGUUCAAGAUUGGGUGUAGUGAUCAGAUUCCGGUGAUCCCACCUGGCAACAAGAUUUCAAAGGAGGCUAGACUUUAUAAGCAAGUUUUUGGUGAAGGAUCCAACGACUAG